CCAAUCGUCAUAGAACUUUCCAGAACCUACAAGAACCCUCUAGUCCCCACUACCACACAAACCCCUCUUUUAUAAAUCCCUAAAAACUUGAAUCUUUCUUCUCUUCACUACAAUUCUUCCUCAGAUUUCUUCAAUUAAUUACUGUAAAUUAACAGCCAUGGCCGAUGAAGCUAAGGCCAAAGGUAACGCCGCUUUCUCCGCCGGCAACUUCACCGACGCUAUUAACCACUUCACUGAAGCCAUCAAUCUUGCUCCCACCAAUCAUGUUCUUUACUCUAACCGAUCUGCUGCAUACGCUUCAUUAGGGAAAUAUUCCGAUGCUUUAUCCGAUGCACAGAAAACAGUUGACCUGAAACCCGAUUGGGCGAAAGGGUAUUCUCGUCUUGGUGCUGCACAUUCUGGACUUCACCAUUAUGACGAUGCGGUUUAUGCUUACAAGAAGGGGCUUGAGAUUGAUCCAAAUAAUGAGGGUUUAAAAUCGGGUCUUGCUGAUGCUCAAUCAGCUCAGGCUCGAUCUCGUGGUCCGGCGGCUCCGCCGAGCCCGUUUGGUGAUGCGUUUUCCGGUCCGGAGAUGUGGACUAAGUUGACUGCGGAUGCGAAUACAAGGGGUUAUUUGCAACAGCCUGAUUUUGUUAACAUGAUGAAGGAUAUUCAGAAGAAUCCGAGUAAUUUGAACCUUUAUUUGAAGGAUCAGAGGGUAAUGCAAGCACUUGGAGUUUUGUUAGGUGUGAAGUUGUCGACUAGGAUGCCGGAGGAGGACGAUGAGAUGCCGGAAGCUUCGACGGAGAGGAAGAGACCAGCGGAGACGGAGCAUGUGAAGGAGGAGAAGCAUCCCGAGCCUGAACCAGAGCCGGAGCCAAUGGAAGUGCCUGAGGAGGAGAAGGAAAUUAAAGAGAAGAAAGCGAAAGCACAGAAGGAGAAAGAGGCGGGUAAUGCAGCUUACAAAAAGAAGGAUUUUGAGACUGCAAUUCAGCACUACACUAAGGCUAUUGAGCUUGAUGAUGGAGACAUAUCUUUCAUUACUAACCGUGCUGCGGUCUACUUGGAGAUGGGAAAGUAUGAGGAAUGCAUCAAAGAUUGUGACACAGCUGUUGAAAGGGGGCGAGAGCUAAGGUCAGACUAUAAGAUGAUCGCAAGGGCUCUGACUCGCAAGGGAACUGCCUUGGCAAAGUUGGCUAAAAGUUCGAAGGAUUUUGAAGUUGCAAUUGAGGUUUUCCAGAAAGCUCUGACUGAGCAUCGCAACCCGGAUACCCUUAAGAAACUGAAUGAAGCUGAGAAGGCGAAAAAGGAAUUAGAGCAGCAAGAGUAUUUCAGUCCACAAAUAGCAGAUGAAGAGCGUGAGAAAGGAAAUCAGUUCUUCAAGGAGAUGAAGUAUCCGGAGGCGGUUAAACAUUAUACUGAAUCCAUAAAGAGGAAUCCCAACGAUCCGAAGGCUUAUAGCAACCGAGCUGCCUGCUACACCAAGUUAGCUGCAUUACCUGAGGGGCUCAAGGAUGCUGAGAAGUGCAUUGAGCUCGAUCCAACAUUCGUAAAGGGUUACACCAGGAAGGGUGCCGUUCAGUUUUUCAUGAAAGAGUAUGAAAAAGCUUUGAAAACUUACCAGGAAGGAUUGAAGCUUGAUCCUCAGAAUCAGGAACUCCUAGAUGGUGUUAAGAGAUGUGUUGAGCAAAUAAACAAGGCAAGCCGUGGAGAUCUAACUCCAGAGGAGCUCAAAGAAAGACAGGCUAAGGGGAUGCAAGAUCCAGAAAUUCAGAACAUCCUUACAGACCCAGUAAUGAGACAGGUGCUAAGUGACUUCCAGGAGAACCCAAAAGCUGCACAAGAUCAUAUGAAGAACCCUCUUGUCAUGGACAAGAUCCAGAAAUUGAUUAAUGCAGGAAUUGUGCAAGUUAGAUAAGUAGCAAUACUUCCAACUCACCAUGGAAAGUAGCUUUGGACUAUCCAUUAUUUUUUUCCAUCCUUUGUUUACUUAAAAUUGUUCCUUCAUUAUGAACUCCUUUUAUUCACUUUCGAAGUGUAAUGUCGCACAAUGUCUGGGUUUUCCAUCAUCUUUUCUUUUCCUUUUUUUCUUCUGUGGUAACUGUUAAAAUUUUGUAUCUUGUUUUUCUUAGAGGGUCCGAAAGGAAGGAUUGUUGGUGCGUUU